AUUUUUAAAACCAAAGCAAACAGAUGAUUGCUCAAAUAUCGACGGUUUUCAUGUAUUGCUCUACUCUAGUAUCGUACAGAGUGUUACAAUAUUGAGCAACAGUUGUUGGAUAGCUUUGGAUCCAAAAAUUAUUCUACUUAUGCACAAAAUUUCGUCCUUGACACCGGUCACUACCUUCGAUUUUGUUUUGUGUUAGUCGUCUGUCAUAUUACUUCAUUAAUAACUAUGCUUUUCCGCACUUCAAACCAUAGUUUUGUUUGCGACAUUUCCCUGUACACAGUCCUGCUCCUGUUCUGCAGUGUAGUGAAGUCACAAGAUAACAAUAGAAUUCAACCUUACAUAAAAUACUAUGAACCUGUCAACUACAAGAACAUACAUACCCCAUCCAAUCUGGCGCGACACAAGAGAGACACAGCAAGGGAUUCCGUGAUAAAAGUGCAAUUCACUGCUUUCAGUAGAGAAUUCAAGCUGCUGUUAUCAGCAAACAGUGGUAUUUUUUCACCUGGGGCCACUUUAUCUAUUAUUGGAAAAGGCAGCAACAAAACCCAAAUUAUCAGUUCAAAACAAUUGGGUGUUUACAAGGGUAUAUUAGAAGAUGAACCUACAACAUCAGUUGUUCAUGGGCAUUUACAAGCUGGCGUAUUUAAUGGUGUUAUAAAAACACAGGAAGAACAUUUUCAUGUUGAACCAGCUAAGCAACACUUCAACCAGUCACAAGCUUUUCAAUCUAUUAUUUUUAAGGGAAGUGAUGUGCACUGGAAUGACACUGAUCAUGAACAUGGGUGUGGUCUGAGAGGAGAAAUUGAGAAAAAGUUAAACAAAAUACAAACAUCAGCAUGGCAGAAUUCUGACAGUAAUAAUAUGCAUCAGUGGCCAAGAAAUAAAAACAUCAAAUUAUCGGUUUACAAACAAUCACAGUUAAAAGAAUUAUUGAAAAACGCUACCCAGAAUAAGUUAUUUAAGAGAAUCAGGAAUGAAACAAAUAGUGUUAGUCGUCAGCAUGAAAAAAGUAAGGAAAAUAAUAUUCACAACAAUCAUAGUACAGGACAAAAUAUUUAUUCAAGAGAUGCAAAUAUACAUGAUGAUUCAGACACCAGUAAAUCCAGCAGAAGGAAAAGAUCUAUGCCAUCUACUGUAGUUACAUGUCCACUGUAUCUUGUUGCUGACCAUACAUUUUAUAAGCACGUUGGAGAUAACAAUGCAGCUACCACACUGGCUGAAAUGGCGUACUAUAUACAGGAAGUUGAUAAUGUAUACAGAAGUACAGAUUUCAAUGGUGAUGGUGUAGGAGACAAUAUAGGAUUUUCAAUUGCUGGGGUAACAGUAUUUGAGGAUAUCUAUGAUCCAAACUACAAAUUUACAGAAAAUAACAUUCCUGCAGCAGAGUACUUGAACAAGUUCUCAGAGUAUAAUUUUAAUAGAUAUUGUAUGGCAAUACUGUUUUCUUAUCGUGAUUUUGGUGGCGGUGUUUUGGGUCUUGCCUGGAUUGGAUAUUCAACAUGGCUAGGUCCCCCUGGAGGAGUAUGUCAGUACAGAGUGACUCUCAUGAGUGAUGGAAAACAGCGGAGUAUGAAUACAGCAAUGGUAACAUUAUAUAACUAUGGUACCAGGGUACCAAGAAAAGUUACAACUAUCUCUGUCAUGCAUGAAUUGGGACAUAGUUUUGGUUCACCGCAUGAUCCAAAAAACAGAGUAUGUUCACCAGGUGGGGAGUAUGGAAAUUAUUUGAUGUAUUCUAAAUCCACUGAUGGUAGCAAGGCCAAUAAUUAUGUGUUUUCCCAAUGCUCUAAGGCAUACAUGACUCCUGUUAUUACCACAAAGGGAAGUAGAUGCUUUCAGUUUUACAAUGGUCCUCAGUGUGGAAAUAGAAUUGUAGAAGAAGGAGAGGAAUGCGACUGUGGAACAUCUGCUGAGUGUAUAUAUACAGAUAGUUGUUGUACACCUCUUGGUGGUGCUGGCACUGAUCUGGAAUGUACACUUAGAAGAGAGCUUGGUGUUAAUUGCAGUGUAUUUACUGGCAUAGAUGCUGACUGUCCUGUUCAUAGUUUCCGCCCUAAUGGUACUACUUGUAAUGAUCAUGGUAGAUGCUUUGAUGGAGAAUGCACUUUAACAGCUUGCUAUGAUUUGGGUUUAGAAGACUGUCUAUGUGUUGAUGAUUAUACUACUUUCUGCCAUCUCUGUUGUUUGGUGAAUGACACGUGUGUUUCAUCAAAGUAUCUUGGUUUGACAUCUACUAAUGGCAGUAGUCUUCUAAAACCUGCUGGAAAUACCUGUGGUAAUUACACAGGAUAUUGUAAUGAGUAUGGAGUUUGUGUGAUGGUUGAUAGUGACAGUGCUUUGAGCAGAUUACGAGGGUUAUUCUCCAGUCAAACUAUCAACAGUGUAACGCUAUGGCUAAAGAAUUACUGGUAUUAUGCUUUUGCUGCUCUAGUUGGUCUCUGUGUCAUUGGGACUGCUGUAAAAUUCUCUUAUCCUCGAAGUGAGUCACCAAGAACUUUAGCCUACAGUACAGGCAUCAUGGCGGGAAUCAUUGGGGAAGCAGAGGAAAGGUUGGAAAUUAUUAGUAUACGAUUACAAGAAAAUGCUGCCCAGGAAGUGCAAGAGGAAGUGAAAGAAGAACUAGAUAAGGAAAAAAAAGUGGAAGCUGUGAUUGCAAUGAGUCGUCUUUCAAUGUUCUUCCCAACAGCCAAUCAGGAGGUUUUGUCUCAGACCAUAAAAAUGAGUGCUUCUGAAGAAGAUGCUGUAAAAUCGUUACUAAUCAGAGGAUAUCCAAUGAAACGAAGAGAUGUUCCUAAAUGAAUGUGUUAUGUAAAUGUGGUUUUCCGUAAAAAUAAAACAUCAAUG